AGCACCAACACAUCCGAUCCUCUCGACACCACCAUCUUAACGACAAAAAACAACCUUCGUAACAGAAUCACCAUUCCCUCAUUUUCCACUUAGAGUAAUUGAAUCCCUCAGAAAGAUACUUGUUUUUUGGUUACAGUUCCGACUAUUACUGCAACCGAUCUUGCACAUAAAAUUUACCAGCAAAAAAAGAAAACAAAAAAAAAAUAACAGACUACUUUCCCUACGAGCAUCUCAGCAACACUUGCGAACUAAUAAUACUCGACCGGCCAUUGCGACAGUUUCGAGGCGCACAAGAAUACCGAUCGAAAUCAGCCUUAACUCCGUUUAUUCGAGUAGCAUGCAGUGUUAAGAGCAAUGAUAGGAUCAGAACGUCAUGCAUCUACAGUGCCAGUGAUCGCUACUUUUACCACGAGUUCGAGGAGGAAUAGCGGCGAGUCGCUCGACCUGGGGUCCUUCGAACAAGCCAGCCGAGACUUCACGAUGGCACCAACCCAUAGUGGAAGAGCGAGCGGCCGAGCGGGAUGGAAGACGAAAGCUGUUUUGCUCUCGGUCUUUUCCGCAGUUCCAAUUUCGUUGGCACAAGAAACAUGUGUACCGCUGACAGGUUCUACGACCUGCCCAGCUUUCGAAUCCUCGUCAGUAUCAACAAACAAAAAUCUGACGGAUUUAUUCCCUUUUCUCCAAUACGUCUCAGACACAGCUUCCUUCGACAAGCAAUUAAGUCAAUACGUCCAGACCGAUUAUGUUCAGACACAGUAUCAAAACUUGCUGGGAUGCGGUAACAUUGACCUCGUCAACACAACUAAUUUAUAUGCACGCUUCACUACUUCGAAAAUAUGUAAUGCUAUUAUCCAGAAUUCCAUCAAGCCCUGCGGUCUUUCAGACGACACAUCGAAACCUUUGUGUGCUGACUCUUGCGCUCAUUAUGCCGAGAGUGAAGCCUAUCUCGCCGCCGACACUGAUCUCUGCCCGAGUUCGAGCGCUGGCCGUCAAGAUCAGCUAAGGGCUGAUUUCAUCAACUGUGCUUUGCCAGCACGCUCAUUAUCAAGCAAUACUUGCAUACCAGGCAUUACUAAUGAGCCAGAUAAUUGUGGAUAUGGUACUAGUACUAUCGGGUUGUGUUCGUACUGUGCUUCGGGUGGUAUCAAUUCAACUGAUACGUGCUGCUACAACUCGGAUAUCGAGACGAGAUGUGCCGGUGUCGUUUUACCAGCAAUUACACCAACUAUGACCUUUAGCGCCCCGACCGUAAGCGCUACUGCUUCGCCGGCUCCAGACAGUUCUUCAGGUCACAGUGCCUUGUCUGGUGGCGCCAUAGCAGGAAUUGUUGUUGGAUCCGUAGCUGGUUUGGUUCUGUUGAUCUUCCUUAUAUUGAUGUGCAUUAGGCUCGCACGACGAAGACGCGGCAGCCAAAAAGGAAGCGUCUUUAACCAGCCGUCUCCCUCUCGAAAAGGAAUACCACAGACGGCUCAAAUACCGGCUAAUACAGCACCUCAAGAAUACGAAGUUCUUCCCGGAGGACGAAUAGCACGCAUGUCAGCAUUAGAAGGUCACACCGGGGCGCCAGCUUCGCGACAUGAUACAUCAAGACGUGGAGGAUCAGCAGGCGCGGCAGCAGCCGGUGCAGCCGCUGGAUACGCGGUAGGAAGGAGGAGAGGAGCUGAUACGCACUCAUCUUCGGAUUCAUUUGGAGAUAGUCCCGGCUCAGAAACACGUGCAGCUAUAUUACGGCCACCUCCUAUGAACAUGCGUAGGAACGGUUCGCUCUCUAGCAGUUCGGUACUAGCGGGUGAAGACCCCCAGUCUCCCACUAGUGCUGGGGGGAUGUCAUCGCCUCCUGGCGUAAAUAGCCAACAGUCCGAACAAUUGCCCUUUUUUAAGGACUACUACUCGCAAGACGAUAUUCACCCUGGUGAGCGUGUUGCAGUUUUAUGGGCGUAUCAACCGCGCGCAGCAGAUGAGUUCGCCUUAGAACGUGGCGAUAUGCUGAAGGUCGUUGGCAUCUGGGACGAUGGUUGGGCGACAGGUGUUAUGUUGGACGAAAGGGCAGAUGAGUGGGAAGCGCGGAGGCAAGCCCAAAGGGAUAGUGGAGUUUCGAACACCUCGGGUCGCGGACGCGACACGUCGCCUCCAGUUAGCGGAGAGAUCAAGGCUUUCCCGCUGGUGUGUGUUUGCUUACCCGAACAUUGGAGGAAGACCAUUGAAGGCGAUGGAUCCACGGAGACCGGGUCUAGUGCCCACCAUGGUGGCCACCCUACUUGAGGUUAAUAACGAAAUCUUUCACGCUGUUCAUUCAUAUCUGACGGAUUGACGAAGAUGUCUGUGUUUGCAUUGCUCCGGCGUUCAGGGACUUUUCACUUGCAACUCACUGGUUUCGAGCGCAGCACAGUAUCGCCUUCUAUAUCCUCAGGGGUAACUCCUUCGUCCAUAUCCGGCUAACUCCUAUGCCGACCAUUCCCGGUUUGUCUCCUGCCUUCUCAUCCUCGUCCUGCAUAUAGACACG